AUGUUGGACUCGAAAAUGUUGGACACGAGAAUGUUGGACACGAGAAUGUUGGACACGAGAAUAUUAGACACGAGAAUAUUGGACACUCGAGAAUGUUGGACACUCGAGAAUAUUGGACUCGAGAAUGUUGGACUCGAUAAUGUUGGACUCGAUAAUGUUGGACUCGAUAAUAUUGGACACGAGAAUGUUGGACAUGAGAAUGUUGGACUUGAGACUGUUGGACACGAGAAUAAUGUUGGACACGAUAAUGUUGGACACGAUAAUGUUGGACUCGAUAAUGUUGGACUCGAGAAUGUUGGACUCGAGAAUGUUGGACUCGAGAAUGUUGGACUCGAGAAUGUUGGACUCGAGAAUGUUGGACUCGAGAAUGUUGGACACGAGAAUGUUGGACACGAGAGAAUGUUGGACACGAGAGAAUGUUGGACUCGAGAAUGUUGGACACGAGAAUGUUGGACACUCAAGAAUGUUGGACUUGAGAAUGUUGGACUCGAGAAUGUUGGACACGAUAGUGUUGGACUCGAGAAUGUUGGACACGAGAUUGUUGGACACGAGAAUAUUGGACACGAGAAUAUUGGACACGAGAAUGUUGGACACGAGAAUGUUGGACUCGAGAAUGUUGGACUCGAGAAUGUUGGACUCGAGAAUGUUGAACUCGAAAAUGUUGGACACUCGAGAAUGUUGGACACGAGAAUUUUGGACACGAGAAUGUUGGACUCGAGAAUGUUGGACACGAGAAUGUUGGACACGAGAAUGUUGGACACGAGAGAAUGUUGGACUCGAGAAUGUUGGACUCGAGAAUGUUGGACACUCAAGAAUGUUGGACUCGAGAAUGUUGGACUUGAGAAUAUUGGACGCGAGAAUGUUGGACACGAGAAUGUUGGACACGAGAAUAAUGUUGGACACGAGAAUGUUGGACUCGAGAAUGUUGGACACGAGAAUGUUGGACACGAGAAUGUUGGACUCGAAAAUGUUGGACACGAGAAUGUUGGACACACGAGAAUGUUCGACACGAUAAUGUUCGACUUGAGAAUGUUGGACUGGAGAAUGUUGGACUCGAGAAUGUUGGACUCGAGAAUGUUGGACUCGAGAAUGUUGGACACUCGAGAAUGUUGGACACUCGAAAAUGUUCGACACGAGAAUGUUGAACAUGAGAAUGUUGGACACGAGAAUAAUGUUGGACACGAGAAUGUUGGACUCGAAAAUGUUGGACACGAGAAUGUUGGACACACGAGAAUGUUCGACACGAUAAUGUUGGUCUUGAGAAUGUUGGACUGGAGAAUGUUGGACUCGAGAAUGUUGGACUCAAGAAUGUUGGACUCGAGAAUGUUGGACUCUAGAAUGUUGGACUCGAAAAAGUUGGACACUCGAGAAUGUUGGACACGGGAAUUUCGGACACGAGAAUGUUGGACUCGAGAAUGUUGGACACGAGAAUGUUGGACACACGAGAAUCUUGGACACGAUAAUGUUGGACUUGAGAAUGUUGGACUCGAGAAUGUUGGACUCGAGAAUGUUGGACUCGAGAAUGUUGGACUCGAGAAUGUUGGACUCGAGAAUGUUGGACUCGAGAAUGUUGGACACUCGAGAAUGUUGGACACUCGAAUGUUGGACUCGAGAAUGUUGGACACGAGAAUGUUGGUCACGAGAAUGUUGGACACACGAGAAUGUUGGACACGAUAA